AUGGAAACAAAGGUGCAGAGCUUAGUUCCGAUCGGUUAUUUACCUGUUGAGAAUGUCCAAUCUCUUGCAUCCAAGAACCUCAAGAACAUUCCACCCAGAUACAUCAGGCCAGAGGUUGAAUUCGAUGUAGUUUCUGUUGAUGAAUCCCUGCAGAUUCCUGUAAUUGACAUGAGUAAACUAGAUGAUGAUGUUGAUGAACAGAAAAAACUCCAUUUGGCUUGCAAAUACUGGGGUUUCUUCCAGUUGAUGAAUCAUGGGGUAGAAGAUGAAGUGAUUGAGAAAAUGAAGAUGGAUAUACAAGAGUUCUUCAACUUGCCAUUGGAGGAGAAGAUGGCUUAUGCACUGAUUCCCAAUCACAUCGAAGGCUAUGGUCAAUCCUUCGUUGUUUCAGAAGACCAGAAGCUUGAUUGGGGCGACAUGCUCUUCCUUUCGGGCCUGCCUGUUUCCACAAGAAACAUGAGAUUCUGGCCGACCAAUCCCCCUUCAUUCAGAUCAGCCUUCGAUAAGUACUUGAUUGAAUUAAAUAAGGUUAAGAUUCAUCUCAUUAAGCUGAUUGCCAAGAACCUUGGAACUGAUCCUGAGAAGCUUUUUGCCUGCAAGAUGUUCAUGCUUAAAUUGGUGACAAUAGGCACUUGGAAUGUUGCUGGAAGACUUCCAUCCGAGGAUCUCGAGAUCGACGAUAGGCUUUGCACCGAUGAUCCAACAGAUAUUUACAUUAUCGGGUGA